AUGGAUUUGUUGAGUCAGUUUCAAUUUAGUUCAGACGAUGGAGCAUCACCAACGACAACGGGCCAUGUGAGGCCGUCCUUUAUAGCGUCUCCACAGUACUUCCAGCAACCACAGCAGCAACAGCAACAACCACACGUACUAGACCAUCCCAAGCUCAUUCGAAGCAUAACCAUUGAUAGAUGCUCCAACUUUACCAGUGGGGGUGCAAAUGGCAACGAUGUCAAUCUGCUUUCUCAGCUGUACAAGGCUCGCACAAACUCAGAGGAGUACAUUUCAUUGCUGGUCUAUAGCGUGCCUGAUCUCAAGCGAAUCCCAUUUCAGCAAGCCGUUCAACAAGAGUUCAGGCCAACACGACUUGGAGAAUGGUUUGGUCCUUCAUGGUCUACACACUGGUUUCACGUUCAAUUGAGGAUCCCAAACGAGUUUGUUGGAGAAGAAGUGCAAUUUAUAUGGAAUGCGGAUAACGAAGCUAUGAUCUGGAGUAUGGAAGGAGCGCCGUUGCAGGGUUUGACAGGAGGAGCUGGCAGUGAUGCUCGCCAUGAAUACAUAUUGACAACCAAUGCAGAGGGAGGAGAGAUCAUUCAGUUCUAUAUUGAAAUGGCCUGUAAUGGCAUGUUUGGCGCAGGAAAUGGGCUUAUUGGCGCACCUGAUCCCAACCGAUUCUUCAACCUAAAUCAAGUGGACUUGGCGGUACCCAACAAGAUUGCCUGGGAUCUGCUGUAUGAUUUUCAGAUUAUAUUGGGUAUGGCAAAGGAUUUACCAGAAGAUUCUCUCCGUGGAUCACAAGCACUUUUCACAGCCAAUCGCAUCAUCAAUGCAUUCAGCCCUGGCGAUGACAGCUCCAUCGUGCAAGGAUUAGAGAUUGCCAACGAAUUCUUACAGUCAAAGAAUGGAGACGCACAGCAUGAAAUUUAUGCGAUUGGACAUUGCCAUAUUGAUACAGCGUGGCUUUGGCCAUUUGACGAAACGAUACGAAAGGCGGCUCGCAGUUGGUCAUCUCAGAUCAACCUGAUGGACAGAUAUCCCGAGUACAAGUUCAUUUGUUCACAAGCACAGCAAUUUCAAUGGGUCAAAGAUCGCUAUUUGCCAUUAUGGGAAAGGAUCAUGGAAAAAGUGACGGUAGGACAAUUCCUGCCUACAGGUGGUACGUGGGUCGAGAUGGAUACCAACAUGCCCUCAGGUGAAUCGCUGUGCAGGCAGUUCUUGCUGGGGCAACGCUUUUUUGAGCAGAACUUUGGCAAACGAUGCAAGGUCUUUUGGCUGCCUGAUUCGUUUGGCUAUUCGUCUCAGUUACCGCAAUUGAUGUACUUGGCUGACAUGAAGUACUUUUUCACACAAAAACUCUCCUGGAACAACGUCAACAAGUUUCCACUAACAACGUUUUGGUGGAUUGGCUUGGAUGGCACAAAAUCGCUGACACACAUGGCACCCUCAGAGACCUACAAUGCUCAGUGCACGCCAGAGGAACUAGUGAGAAGCGUCAAGAACCAUCGAGACAAAGUGUACUCCAAUACAAGUCUGCUGGUGUACGGCAACGGUGAUGGAGGAGGAGGACCCCUGGCAAGCAUGAUUGAGCGAUUACGCAGAAUGAAAAAUGUGGAUGGACUACCCAAAACAGAGAUGGCCUUGCCGACUGAUUUCUACCAGAAGAUUGAACAAACGACUACAGCACUGCCUUCAUGGAAGGGUGAAUUGUAUUUUGAAUUGCAUAGAGGCAUUUAUACCACUCAAUCUUUCUGCAAGAAACUCAAUCGAACCUGCGAGUUCCUACUUCGUGAUAUCGAGAUGCUGGCCACAUUUGCCAUGAUCAAGUUUCCCGAAUUCCAAUACCCCAAAAAUGAAUUUGACGAGUUUUGGAAACUAAUCUGCCUACCUCAAUUUCACGAUGUGAUGUCUGGCUCUGCCAUUGAAAUGGUCUAUGAAGAUUGUCUGCAAAUGUACACCAAAGUAGAUGUCUUGGGCAGACAGAUGCGGUCUGAUCUACUGACCACGCUAUUCCGCAGUGAAAAGGAAGGUCCAUUGACCGGAGAAAAGGCAUUGGCUGUGAUCAACACAUUACCAUGGGAGAGACAUGCGAUAUUAGAAGUGCCGCUGGAGGACGAUAUCAACUUGAAACAAUACUCAGCAUUCGGGCGCACGGGUUAUGUGAUCGCUCAUGUAGCCGCAAGCAGUGCGACAGGCAUUGAAUUCGAUGAUGCCAUGUUGGAAGUAGAACCAGUCAAGGUACACACGGAUCGCAUGAACAAUGUGGUAAUGGAAAACCAGUACAUUACAGUUACCUUUGACAAGUCUGGCCAUUUGAUUCAGAUGUUUGACAAGGCCGUUGAACGAGAGCUGAUCAAACCACAGGAAAGAGGUAAUGUCUUUCGCAUGUACGAGGAUAUUCCGCUGUUUUGGGACGCUUGGGAUGUUGAAAUCUAUCACUUGGAAAAGUUCAAAACCAUCAAAGAGGGGUCUGUACAGAUAUUGGAACAAGGUCCAUUAAGAGCGUCGCUGCUGAUUGAAAAGAAGCUGUCCAAGACAAGUCGACUACGACAAAUUGUGGUCCUGUCUGCCGUUUCACGUCGCCUAGAUUUCGAAACAGAGGUGGAUUGGAACGAGAACAGACAGUUUCUCAAGGUGGAAUUUGCAUGGGAUAUCUUGGCGGACAAUGUGAGUUACGAGUGUCAGUAUGGACAUGUGCAAAGACCUACGCAUUACAACACGAGCUGGGAAAGUGCCAAAUUUGAAGUGGUGGCUCAAAAGUUUGCGGACAUGUCUGAAUUUGGCUAUGGCGUGGCACUGUUGAAUGACUGCAAAUAUGGCUAUUCAGCACAUCGAAACGUGUUGAGAUUGUCCUUGUUGCGAUCACCAAAAGCACCCGAUUCCAAUUGCGAUGUGGGGCACCAUUCAUUCAAAUACGCCAUCUAUCCGCAUGAGCAACACUUUUUGCAGUCUGAUGUCGUCCGAGAAGGCUAUAAUUUCAACUCGCCUUUACUAGCAAGACUGAUACCAAAAAGCAAGAUUAACGAAAUCAGCCACUCGUUUCCUCAAUUCAAGAUAGACAAUGCUCCAAAUGUAGUGCUGGAUACUAUUAAAAAGGCAGAGGACUCGAAUGAUGUGAUUGUAAGAAUCUUUGAGGCGUAUGGCGGCCAUGCAAGAGCAAGGUUAAUAAGUUCACAAGUCAUUACAAAAGCCAUUAAAUGCAACAUUCUCGAGGACGAUUUAGAAGAGGUACCCAUCAACAGCUCCUCCAAGCUGGACCGAACAUUCAGUACAAAUUUACGCGUGUUGGAUGAAGAUGUACUAGAACUACAGCAACAAGAGCAUGAAAGACAACUACACAGAGGUUUAUUGAUUAAGAUCAAGCCUUUUGAAGUGAUUACAUUAAAGUUGGCCUUGCAAUAA